UCACAUAACCCUUUGACAUGUGCAGUGUACGUGCUUGACUUUAUCGUUUAUAAAAUAUUAUUUAACAAGUUUGUUGUUAAAGUAAUACAAAAUGGCUGUUGUUUUUCUCAGCAAUAUUAUAUCUACACUUGAUGAUAUUCGAUCGCUAGAACAAAUAAAGAGUAGGAAAACUAAAAUCAAUGUAGCAGCCCUUACAAAAAAUAUCUAUGAUUUUGCCAAGAAACAAUCCUGUAAAAGAGAAAAAUCUUACACAAAUACGAAUGCGUUACCAGAAUUAGUCAUAGAAGGCUUUGAUGAGGAGCAAAUUUGGCAACAAUUGGAAUUGCAGAAUGAGAGCGAGAUAGCAUACAUUUUUAGGGACAUUUCAGUUUUAUCUGAAGAUAAAAAGUUGACAAUUCCCGUGAGCUCUAGAAAACCUGAGCCUAUACAGAUUGAAAAUGAUAAUUUAGCUCAAGAGGCUGAAGGUAUAUCUGAUGAGAAAGAAUCAGAGGACGAAGAUGUAGAAAUUAAAAAUAAUUCAAAGAGAAAAUAUAAGAAAAAAUCCUCGAUUGUAGACGACAAGUUUUUCAAGUUACAGGAACUAAAUGAAUAUUUAACUAAAGAAGAAAGAAAAGAGAAACAAGGAAAAGACAAUGCUGGAUCUGAUGAUGAAUCAUUGGAUUUAUUUAAUGAAGUUUCCGAAGAAGAAGAUGGAGAUAACAUUGAGAAAUACAUAAAAUAUACAGAUUUCUUCGAUAGUCCUGAAAGCGAAAAUGAGCAAGUUAACAAAAGCCAAAAAUCAAAUUACGAUGACAGUAUUAAGGAUUUUGAAGGGGAAGGAUCAGAAGAGGAGGAAAUGGAUCUUGAUGAAGAAGAUGAAGAAGAUCAAACAGUUAAAAAAGUAAGAUUCAAUCUUACGAAUGACUCGGAUGAGACAGAUAGCUUGGAGAAUAAGGUGAAUCUUGAUAAGAAAGACAAAGAAGAAAAUAUGAAGGAAGAUAUAGAAUUGAAAUCUACUUUGGAGGCUCGUCAAGAAAGGCUGUCAAUGAGGAUUAAAGAAUUAGAAGAUGAAGCGGUUAGUGAGAAACCAUGGCAAUUGAAAGGUGAAGUAAGUGGUCCAAAUCGACCGCAGAAUUCUUUGCUGGAGGAAUUUUUGGUUGUUGAUGUGAACAGAAGACCAGCACCUGUGAUAACAGAAGAGACCACUUUGAAACUGGAAGACAUAAUCAAGCAGCGGAUCAAGGAUAAAGCUUGGGAUGAUGUCGAGAAAAAAUUCAAGCCAGUCGAGACACCGUUAGAAUAUAAGAAAAAAUUGAUAUUAAAUCAAGAAAAAAGCAAGGAAAGUUUGUCGCAAAUUUACGAAAAGGAGUAUUUGAGACAAAAGCAAACAUUAGAUCCAGAAAACGAUGAAAAAAAAGAGGAAACACCACAGUUUCAUAAUGAAAUUCGACAAAUGAUGCGUUCUUUGAUAUCAAAAUUGGAUGCGUUAUCCAAUUAUCAUUACACCCCCAAAAUGGCCAAACCAGAGAUUAAAAUCAUUAGCAAUGUACCUGCAAUUAGUAUGGAAGAGGUAGCACCUGUCACAGCCACUGAUGCAACUCUAUUAGCACCUGAAGAAAUUAAAACUAAAGAACGUGGCGAUCUUAUCGGCAAAUCAGAACGAACGAAAACGGAUAUGAAGCGCGAGAGAAGACGAAAGAAAUCGAGGCAACGAGCCAAACAGCAGGCAAUAGAAAAGAAGGAUAAAUUAAGAGCACUGCAACCAGGAAUUGCUAAGAAGUACAAAGAUAAGAAAGAAAAGGCUGCGUUAGUUAAGAAAAUAACUAAAGAUAGAAACGUUACAAAGUUAAAUGAAACAACGCAUAAAGUUGUGAAGUCCUCGACUGCAUUUUUCACGCAGUUACAAAAUCAAGUUAAAAAUAAAAUUAAAAAAGACAAUUUUUCCAAGAAGAAAAAUUAA